AUGAGCUUGAAGCCCAGCGCACGGGCCUGGUUCCCACCAGGUCAUCCAGAAGCUUGCAAGGUGGCGUCCUAUACAGUUCCGGAUCUCCUGCUGCCUUGCUAUCAGCCUGCGCGGAACCCUGGUCUCUGGGUACCUCCGAUGUGUGGCCAGUCUCCAGGAUUCAUCUGCGUCCAAGCGCCACCCACGAGGCGGAGCCCAGUGGUGACUUCCCAGGAGGGGUUCCACUGGGGACCCCAGCAGGGACAGAGGAAACCAUCUGGCUGGGUGCAACCUGAUCUGCCACCGACUGAGAGGUUCUCUUCAGUCCACAGCUCGGCUCCUGGUGAAAAGGGACAAGUCGUCCAAGUCCCUAGCCCAGGGUUGGCUAAGACCCCUACAGGAUCCAAGAGAAUCCUCACGGCCAACUGGAGACCACCCUCCAAUGGCCCCAAGCCUGGCAGCCAGCCGCCCAAGAUGCGCACCUUGUCCGGGAUGGCGUCAAAGACCAGCUCCACCAUCGCACCCAAGCCAAGCGCUCACAGCUCGUCUUCGAAGAAACCCAUCAUCCCCAAAGAGUUUGGAGGCAAGGUCCCGAUGAGCAUCCGUCAACGCUAUCUCAGCCACCUCACUGAGGAGUAUCUUAAGUUCUAUUCUCUCCAGGAGGCCAUAGAGAAGGCACAGGCUGAGGAGAAGAUGGCCUAUGAUGGCAGUCUCUGCAAGACCACCUACCUGAACGUCGUGGUGAGCACCCUCAAGAAACUGAGGGGCUUGCUCCCCAGCAUAGUGCCGGGGCUCACCAGGGCCGCCCUGUACAGCCGCCUCCUGGGGUACCUGCUCACAGAGGACCAGCGCAAGGUAAACGGCUUCCCCUUUGCGCACCCGGAGCGGCCGGGGGGCGCCGUGCUCCACACUGCCGAGAAGCCCAAGGGUGCCUCCCACAGGGUCUGCUGCCGCUGUGGCACCCAGUAUGAUGUGUCCUCCUCGGGCCGCCAUGUCCCCAACGAGCAGUGCUUCUACCACUGGGGGCGCCUUCUGUCCUGCCGGGCGGCUGGCGGCUGGGAGAUGCGGUACGCGUGCUGCGCAGCGACCAAGGGCUCCAGCGGCUGUAGAGUGGCCCGGCAACACGUGCAGGACGGUAGGAAAGAAAACCUCCAGGGCUUUGUGCAGACUUUCCGCAAAGAACCAUGCGAGGAAGCUCAUCCGGGAAUCUACGCCUUGGAUUGCGAGAUGUCUUACACCACGCACAGCCUGGAGCUGACUCGCGUCACCGUGGUGAACGCGGAGAUGCAAGUGGUUUUUGACACCUUCGUCAAGCCUGACAACGAGAUCGUCGACUAUAACACCAAGUUUUCUGGGGUGACCGAGGCAGACCUUAAGUUCACAAGAACCACGCUUCGGGAUGUCCAGGCUGCCUUGCUGGCCAUGUUCAGCUCCGACACCAUCCUCAUCGGACACAGCCUGGAGAGCGACCUGCUGGCCUUGAAGGUCAUUCACAGCACCGUGGUGGAUACUUCUGUGCUCUUCCCCCAUCACCUGGGCCUGCCCUACAAGCGCUCCUUGCGCAAUCUCGUGGCUCACCACCUCAGCCGGAUCAUCCAGGACAACGUGAACGGACACAGCUCCAAAGAGGAUGCCAGCGCCUGCAUGCAGCUGGUGCUCUGGAAGAUACAAGAAGAUGCCAAGACCAGCCCUGACUCCUGUCCUGCGCCCACCUCUCCUGUGACCCGUGUAUCUUCUCCUACCUUCAGCACCUCCCAGGCCUCUUUCGGACAGUGCGAUAAAUCUCAAAAGCUGGCCCUGGUUACCUCACUAAGAUAUGGGAAACGUCAGCCCGCCACCUGA